GCGUAGGCGAUUGCCAGAUUCUGUUAGUUCCCUUUCUUAUUCAAAGUCACCUCUCUCUCCCUCUCAAGGUGCGUAGGCGAUUGCCAGAUUCUGUUAGUUCCCUUUCUUAUUCAAAGUCACCUGCUCUCUCUCCCUCUCAAGGCAGUUUUAGGAUGAGGUAUCCUCCAUUGAGGUUUGUAGGUCGAAUUUUGUAUAGUAGAACUGCAUUGGAGGCAGAGAAAGCAGCAGCCAAGCUCCUACAGAUUCUUCAAGCCAAGAAAAAACAAAGAGGGCAAGUUGCAAUUGGAUUUGAUAUUGAAUGGCGACCCACUUUUAGGAAAGGUGCUUCGCCUCACAAGGCAGCUGUUAUGCAAUUAUGCGCUGAUAGUUUUCACUGUCAUGUGAUGCACAUCAUUCAUUCUGGAAUUCCUCCUAGUUUGCAGCUUCUUCUUGAGGAUUCUACAUUUUUAAAAGUUGGAGUGGGUAUUUGUGGUGAUGCUAGUAAGGUUUAUAGAGAUUAUAAUGUAUGUAUUAAAGGCAUGGACGAUCUUUCUGAUUUAGCAAACAAAAAAAUUGGUGGAGACAAGUGGGGUCUUGCAUCAUUAUCUGAGGCCCUUGUUUGCAAAGAGCUUCAGAAGCCUAAGAAGAUCAGACUAGGAAAUUGGGAGGUUAAAGUUUUAUCAAAGGAGCAACUACAGUAUGCUGCAACCGAUGCUUUUGCUUCAUGGCACGUGUAUGAGGUUCUAAAUAACCUUCCAGAUAUAAUCCAAGGUGUGAUGGACAAAAAAAAUGAAGAACUAGAAAGCAUUGCAGUAUAAUGCCCUUUGCAGAAAUAAUCAAAUAUGGAAACUGUCCACUUUCAGAAAAUGAACUUAUGCAUCUAAAUUAUCCAGUUUUGCUGACAAUUCAUUACUUGUAUGCCGUGCAAGGUUCAUUGGUACCAGUUAUUUUUGCAGAUGGUGCCGCUUAUAUAUUGUUCCAAUGCAUACUGAGGUUGAGCAUAUAAAGCGUUCUUGUAAAAGUUGAUAGCUUCUGGAUUCAACUUAAGAUUUACUUCUUUUAAAAUGCAAAUUUUAAUGGCCUACUUUUCAAGUAACCUCACUUUACAUAUCAAGACUCUUCCUUUUGUCCAUUAUAUAUCAGAACUGUAUUUGUUAUAAAUCUUGAAUGCAUACUCAUUUUGUUGAUUUGGUCCUUGGGUGUGCAUCUUUCCUUUGUCUGCAGAAGCCAUUUCAUUUUUCAUCUGUCUCAUGUUUUCUUGAACAUGCAUAUUUUUUAUUGCUUGAGUUGAUAUUUUUCUCAGUGUCUUUCCUAUUAAAAAGAGCAUUGGCUUAGUGACAUUUAGAUGUUUGUUACCUUCUCACUUCCAUAUCCCAAUCCUGACCGAAACUUAUUAUUUAUUGAUUGCUCUAUGUAGUUUUUGAUUCCUGAACUUCUUAUGAGUGAUUUAGUCAAUGCUGGUUUCACUUUCUAUCAGUUCCAUGUCCUUUCAGUUGUCCCCUUCUGGUGGUGGGACGAUAAGACCACUAUCUGGCAUCCAAGUGUGAAGGAGAGGUAUUAUUAAUCUAUAUGUAAUAAAUUUGUGAAUUGUGAGUUUUACUGCUAGUCUGCUGCUACACAAUAAGUUUUAUAUGAUAUAAGAAAACUUUACUGUAAAAGAAAAUGAGAAUAUAUGGAUACAGAGAGACAAAAACAAGAGAUCAAAGAAUAGGAGGUUAAAAGAAUAUACUUCUUUCCCAGUUGCCUUCUAUGGUAUGUGAAUGGGAAAACCUGCUCACUUAUUUUGCCUUUUUAUUUUAGUAUUAGGAGGAAAGAAAAUGCUUGGAACAAGUAGAGGUUUCAUUUUGUAUAGUAGGUGAGGUUUAAGUAUAUAUUCAUAUGAGACCUUGAUCACUAUCAAAUUUACCAUUUUGAAUUUUCUGGGAAUUGUUUGCAGCUGGAGAAUAAUUUAUUAUACAGGUAAAUUUUUUGAUUUAGUUUCUUUAAUUGAGAGACAUGUAUGGUGGAUCCCAUUUGAAAGGAAAAAAAAUGUAGAGCAUAUAUGGGGAAUCCCCAUACUCAUGUCAGAUGUCAUAUUCUGACUGAGAUGGAAAAAUCAUGCAAGUGCUGAGCUUCUCUGCAUGUGUGUGGGCCUGCCAUCAACAUGUUAUCUAACUCCACCUCUUAUCUCUCUCCAUCUCCUCCUCAGACUAUGGUGACCUUGUGGUGACAUCACGAUUUCCCGUUUGUCUUCUGUGAUUUCAAAGGCUUAAAUGAUUACUGCUAAGCAAAUAAUGGUUGUUCAUGUAUGUAAAUUGAAAUUUGUCUGUUUUAGCGAAAAGAAAAGUGUUAUAUGUCUUGUAGUUUUUUGUUGAAUUCCAGCCAAUCUCAUUCCCCUAUAGUUGGUGAGGGUGCCUUUUAACAAGUUGGGAGGUAUCAAUUCCAACUAAAUCUAUUUUUCCUUUUCUCUGGAGUAAAUGAAGCUCAUCGGAUUAAUUACACAACGAAAGGUAACUCUCUUUUCUCUAUUUUAACUCGUGGUUUUCUUUGUUGUUUUAUUUUUUCAGUUUUAACUUUUGUGCAAUCUAUAUCUUACAUAUAAUGAAAGUCACGGUGGUAUGUUUUGCUAACUGAUGCCUAGCAGGUUUCUGUAUUAGUCUCCUUUGUGCAAAACAUAUGCCAUUUUAUUAUCUUAUGAAAAUGAUCAUAUAGAGUUGUGACUUUCUGUUGUUAACAGUUGGGUUUAAUAUGGUAGCGCAAAUAUGGUGAUUCAGAGAUACUAUGAUAUUUAAUGUUCAUAGCAUUUUGUAUUAAUUUAGUAAUUCUGUACAAUAAUUAACAAUAUACAGAUCAUAGAGAAGUAUUUAACAUUA